GUCUAGUGUUCGUGUGUCGUUGUAUUCGACAAGUGUAUCCGUCUGCGACUGAUAAUUCUUUGAAUUCUGUUGCCACAAGUUGUGUGUGUACAAACUUGCAUCAAGCGUUGUCACCAUGUCUUACUUCUUCCAACAUCAACAGCAACGGCAGCAACGGCAGCAGCAGCAACAACAACAACAACAGCAACAACAGCAACAGCAACAGCAACAGCAACAACAACGACAACGACAACAGCAGCAGCAGCAGUCACAGCAGCAGCAGCAGCAGCAGCAGCAGCAGCAACGAAAAAAGAAAGUAGAAUGGAGCAGUGAUUUGAGUCCCAUUGGGCCACAACCAGUGGAGAAUAGAAAUACAUUUUGGGACCCCGAUUCCGGUGAGUACUGCAUUUCUUUGUCUCGCGAUGGAUCCGAUGUCAGGGGGAGAAGUUUUAUAUCUGAUGCUUAAUCUUCCUUUUUUUGUUCUCACUCGCAACCAAAAUGAAUCACAUCACAUCACAUCGCAACACGACACAACACAACACAACACAACACAACGCGAUGCCUCACAAAAUUCAGAGGGCCACAUGCUUAAUUAUUUCCUUGACAGCAAUAGCCCUCCGUUUGGUCCUUCUCACCUAUCGUCGAACACGCUUUCCAAUCCAAGCAGAGCUGCACCUGGAGAUCGCUCGAUGGUCUCCGAUAGGAUACUGCAGCAUCCGUUUCACAGCGGGUUGCAGGAGGCAUCGUCGUCGUCGAUGUCGUCGUCUGCGAAUAGCAUCUUGCGCGUGCGGCAGGGUCCGUCUCCACUGGGUCCAAACAAAAACCACUACAAUCUAGGUCACAGUCAGGUACAUGGGGAGAUGGAUAACGACCUUCGGCAGCCYCCACCAACACCCGUCAUACAGCACUACUUUCCGUCGUCGUCGUCGUCGUCGUCUCACAAAACCACAUCAAAACCUUCUUCAAGAAAUUCUGGGUCAUCUUCCAAAGCUCCUGGGAAUCAUUUCGGUCAACAGGUACAACACUUUCCCUUCGACCAACAACAGCAUCGUGAACAACAACAACAACGGCAACAACAACAGCAACAACAGCAGCAGGAGGAGAUGAAACAGAAUUUUAUGCAAGCAAUUGGCCAACACUAUAACCCAAACGUCAGCAGUAGUAGAAGCAACACCAGCACUACCAACAACAAUUUUGUCUUCCAAGGAUACAAUGCAACAAUGGAAGAAGCUUCUCCGAUCAGUCCUGCGCUUGAGUUUCAAGGAGACUCAGAGCCACUUCUAUUGCCACCUGGUGGAAAAGAUGCUCAGCAGAACGUGCAGCAGUUUGGAACGGGCCAGAACCAACGAAGUUCCGAGCUCUCGCCUCACCCCGGAAUGGUCAAUUCGCUUUCUCAAGAGUACAAUAAGAUUAUUGCCAGCAGCGCGUACGGUAACUCGAAGGGGAAUCCUGUACCUUUGCCAUCCUCGAAUAUCGUUACGAACAGUUCCUUGCAGCAGCAGCAUCAUCCAGGACAGCAAGCGAGUCCGACCACAAGACAGGAGACAUUAACAUCCACGACAACUUUMACAGCACCCGAUAUUCCAACUCAACUCAGUCAAGCUGUCGCUGCUACACAAAAACAAUUUGCACAMUCAAUACCUUCCACUUCAUCCCUGCACAUAGAUAAGAACAAAGACGCAAACGCAAGCAAUUCAUCACCCUCCGUAGCUUUUAACAAAGGCGUUGUCGCCCCACUGCACCCAGUGGCAGCAGCCGCACUUGCAUCGGGCACAAACAACCAGUUCUUUUUUCCGCAUUUCACGGCCGCCUACUURCUGCAAAAGGCUGAGAGUGCAGAAGAAACGGARGAGAAACGAGCAAAACGACUUGAACGGAAUCGUGAAUCGGCACGGAAAUCGCGCCGAAGAAAGAAAGAGCGUCUGCAGUAUCUAGAGGGGAAGGUCAACCGACUGUACUGCAAGGUUGAAACGGAGCGACGAGUCCGGGUAAAUGCAAUGAAUACAGCGCUGACGAGUUUUGAGAAAGAACGCCUUUUGGAACUCAAGGAAAUGCUCGAUGCCUCACGACACGAACAAGAUCAGGACUACGCGAAUCGACUCAGAAAUUUGCUGYUGYGUACUUCUUUCAUUAAUGAGUCGGAGCAGUCCACUCGUAAGGAGGUCGUCGAAUUCCAAUACAAUUCGCUUUCUCAGAAUUUUUUGGCAAAGUACCAGAAAUUCUUUCUCUGGAUGAUUCUGCAAACGGACUCGUACUUUUUGGCGGGGAAGGAGGGCCAUUCCAAGAGGAUAAGGGCAAAGAAAAUUUCAACCGGGAAGAUCAGUUCAAAGCAAAUCGGUGAAGAAAUAUCGAAAGAAGAAGGUCCCAGCUAUUCUGCCAGUGUUUCCGCYGGGAGUCGCUUCUGGCCUCUUUUGUGCUUCGAGCUGAGCAUCAGCGUAGAGCAAGAAGAUCGAAUUCUCGARACGCGGAGGAGGUAGGCAAACACUUUUUGUUUUCGUUUUGUGACCGURGGCAGUAAGCGUGUGGCACGUGCACAUUGUUGUAUAUUUUUUCGUUGGUGUGCAUGUGUGCUUUUCCUCCUUUGAGAUAGUUUCCAACGGCUGAUGAAAAGCGUUUGUUCACUGCUGAAAUUACCGCUGCUUCUGAAAAACUGCAGGCUUCGAGAAGGCGAAAGCUUYCGGAGAAACGGGAGCCAAAUCUUGGCCGCAACGAGACUGGCAUCGAAUCUGAAGGAAGCURUUCUCAAACAGUUGUACCUGACCUCGUUUCGCAAAAGAAAGAYGUACCUGGAUAUUUUAACACCGCGCCAAGCGAUCCUCUACCAAGACUGGYUGCUYUCCAAUCGGGAACGCGCCGAGACAAUGCUGAAAGAACGAAAGAAAUCGUCAAUCGAGAAAGAACCAGGAGCAGUGCUCAAAUCGCCCAUUUCKAGUGGAACAGGAAAGGACUAUUUGAAUCUAGAAAAGCUUUCUCUGUGUUUGGAGGAAAGUCUCGAACCUACUAACUUGAUCUUGUUGUAGUGUUGUGGAAUUAUUUCUCUAGGAAUAUUGGUGAGGUGUGAGCUUGGAAUCAAACAAUUUCUAYAAU